AUGUCGGACUCUGAACUCGCCCCUGCCUUUGCGCCAUUCUUUGGCAUGGCUGGCAUCGCCUUUGCUAUGAUUUUCGGCUGUGUUGGAGCCGCAUUUGGUACAGCCAAGUCUGGUAUCGGUAUCGCUGGUGUCGGUACCUUCAGAUCCGAUCUGAUCAUGAAGUCGCUCAUCCCCGUCGUCAUGUCCGGUAUCAUCGCCGUCUACGCCCUCGUUGUCGCCGUCUUGAUUGCUGGUGACAUGCGUCCUCCUCCGGGCACCCACUACAGUCUCUUUACAGGUUUCAUGCACCUUGCCUGCGGUCUCUCGGUUGGCAUGACCGGUCUUGCUGCAGGAUACGCCAUUGGAAUUGUUGGCGAUAUGGAUNUGAUCGUCGCCCUUAUCCUGAACACCAAGAGCAGAGGUUAA